GGUAGCGGCUCUCAGCUCCCGCGGCCCCUCCUAGCCCCGCCCCCGUCGCCAUGGCGACCCCCCCGUGAGAUGGCGGCGUGGCUGGUGCUGCUGCUGGCGGCGGCCUGUGCCGGGCGGCGCGCGCGGGAGCGCGUCUUUCAGCCUUCAUUUAUCCAUAUGUCUGGGUCCAGAGUAAAUUCAUUUUUUCUUGGAAAUUCUUCAGGAGUUAAUUUUUCUAUAAUUUUAAGUUCUAUAGAUGAAGACACAGGAAAAUUGCAACUUGCAAAUUGCAGUGGAAGUAAGAGGGCUCAUGACUGGAAUUUGGAUGUAAGACCUGGUAUGAACACUUCCGAAGUGACUGUAAGCUUGACUAGAAACCUGCAGCUGUGUUUGCCCAAUGCCACUGACUGCUGUACAGAACCUCUCUGCGUGGUUGAAACACUUCAAGUUUUAGCUUGCCACGAUUCAGUGGUGUUGGCACAUCUCCUGAUCCAAGCUGAAAUAUACACCAACUCUUCCUUUACAGGAAAUGUGUCAAAAAAUGGGACUGCCAUCCCAAACCAGGUGUUUCAGCCCUUGGGCUCUUGUCCUUGUGACUUGACAGCUGGAGCAUGUGAUGUUCGUUGUUGCUGUGAUCCGGCGUGUACACCAGACUUGAAGCAGUUAUUCAAUGGAUCGUGUUUCACUGGAGUGUUUGGUGGGGAUGUAAACCUGCCUUUUGAUUGGCUGUGCUCUUCCCAGUCAAUGGAGUAUAGCCCUGACUGGUUUCCCUUCAUUUGUGUACAGUCUUCUCUUAACAAUACACCAUUCCUUGGCUACUUUUACCACGGCUUUACUUCUACACCUAGAGUUCCUCCGUUUAAGAUCCCUUUACCAACUUCUCCUGGGAAACUUUUCACUGGUUAUGGACAGAAAGAUCCAAUUAUGACAGAAGAAAAUGACUAUUUCACCAUUCCCCAGCAAUCCGUGGCUGGCCAGUGUGCUGGGAAUGCCCCCGUAGCGUAUCUCCAGAACUUUGAUGUUAAAUGCCCUACCACCCUAGCAUCGUACAAGGAAGGACUGCCCCAUGACAUGAAGAUAAACAGUGGUAGUGGAGACUUCAUUCAACAAAAUGUCAUCUAUAGAACUGUCACUGACAUGGGCAAAUUCAUCACUGAAAGUGGGAGCCUUCCUACUGCUGAGCUUCUGUGUCAAAAUGUAACUUUUGCAGAGCAUUAUACAUUCAUUUGGGAAGGCAAGAACAUAGAGCAGAUAAAUGUCACAGUCUUCCUUGGAAGUUUGUGUGAUGGAGAAAUACUGACACAGAGAUUCACAGUGAAAUUUUUAAGUGUAAAGAGCACAAAUGCAGCAAAACUGCUUGAGAAUCCAGGUUAUCGAGUUGGAAAACCAGUGAGAGCUGCAAAUAUUAAUGCUUCUGAUACUUCUGGAAGCCUGAACAUUUGGCAGCCAGCUGGCAGAGGUUUAUGUACGUCGGCAACUUCUACACCAGUUUUAUUUGGAUUAGAUUCACUCUCUGGGUGCAUUCUAGAAGUUGGCAUGAAUGAAGACUGCAACCUUUUAAGAGGAAGUGUAACUUUGACAUUGAAUUCAUUGAUACAAGCUACUCACGUUGGAAAGAGGCACAAUUCUAACUACAGUGAUCUAAAUGACUGGGUGGAAAUUAUAAGUCUUGAUCCAUUUAACGCUGAUACCAAUGUGAGUGCUGGAAACUUAAAAGGCAUUUGUCCAGAUAUUCCUGCAAACCUGAAUAUUCGCAUCAUGUUUGCUGAUGUUGGUGCAGUACAAGGGAUUCCCCAGCAAGAGAUUCUUGCUGUGCAGAUCAGUUACUCAACAGUCAUAUGGCAAUUCCAGUGCGGGCUGAUCUGUGAAAACAGCACCAGCUUUCUUCCCCUCACUGCUUCUGUUCAGUUUAUUCAAGUGCCAGCACAGCCACCCGUUCCAAUGACAAGAUUUGAGAUGAAUUAUACAGAAUUUGACUGUAAUCGAAAUGAUGUGUGCUGGCCACAACUUUUUUAUCCAUUGACAGUGUUUUACACAGGAGAACCAUAUUCCCAGUGUCUCGCUAAAGGCCUCGCAUUGGUGUUUCUGGCUUUACUUGCAGUGAUUUUGAGUAGCCCUUGGUUUUCUAAAAUAUGGGAUAGUUGCUUGGUUGGAAAAUCUUGAUGUACAGACAACCCCUUUUGUUAAUAUUUUAAGUACUUUUGGGCAAAACUUAUGGAUAAAUAUUCCUGGAUUUUGUAAACAUUUUAUAUAAACAUUUGAAGAUACAUAAAAUGAAUGAAUGAAUGAAUGAAUGA